AUGCUGGCAAGUGGAUGGGAAGAGCGACCAAACAGUGAUCGAUUUAACGACGUUGCCCGAGUUUUCUGCUCAUUCUCAGUGAUCAUGCUAGCGGUCAGGGUGUUAUAUUGA